AUGGUGUUAGCGGAGCUGGGAUCGAAGCUACAGGGGGCGCUGGCCAAACUUAACCGCACGACUGUAGUGGAUGACGAGGUGUUCAACGCGCUGCUUAAGGAAAUCUGCGGCGCGCUGCUCGAGUCAGACGUGCAGGUGAAACUCGUGCGCCAACUACGAGACAAUGUCAAGCUGGCCGUGAACCUCGAGGACGCGAGCUCGGGCGUGAAUCGCCGUCGCCUCAUCCAGAAGUCGGUAGUGGACCAAAUCGUGCAGAUGCUGGAGCCUGAGGCGCAGCCUUACAAGAUGAAAAAGGGCCAAAGCAACGUUAUCAUGUUCGUCGGACUUCAGGGAAGCGGUAAGACCACAAGUAUCGCCAAGUUCGCGCACUUUUACCAGCGCAAAGGCUGGAAAACCUGUAUGGUCUGUGCCGAUACUUUCCGUGCCGGUGCGUUUGACCAGCUCAAGCAGAAUUCCACCAAACUACGCAUCCCUUUCUACGGUAGCUACACAGAGGCCGACCCGGUCCGCAUCGCAGAGGAAGGUGUGGCUCAGUUCAGAGCUGAGAACUACGAGCUCAUCCUCGUGGAUACCAGUGGUCGUCACAAACAAGAGACUGAUCUGUUUGCCGAGAUGAGAGAGGUAUCAGCUGCCGUACAGCCCGAUGACGUCGUGUUCGUAAUGGACUCCACUAUCGGCCAGGCCGUGUUCGACCAGGCCAGCGCCUUCCGUGAGACGGUGGAUGUCGGUAGUGUGAUCAUUACCAAGCUAGAUGGUCACGCUAAGGGCGGCGGUGCACUCAGUGCUGUCGCUGCUACAGGCUCGCCUAUUAUUUUCUAUGGUACGGGAGAACACUUCGCAGACUUUGAGUCGUUCAACGCACAGAGCUUUGUGAGUCGUCUUAUGGGUAUGGGAGACAUCCGUGGACUCAUGGAAGAGGUCAAGACCAGUGGCAUGCUCGACAACCAAGAAGAAAUGGUCGAGAAGUUCCAGAAAGGAGUCUUCACUCUGCGGGACAUGUACAAGCAGUUCCAGAGUGUGAUGAAGAUGGGACCGCUUAGCAAAGUCAUGUCUAUGAUCCCUGGCUUACCACAGGGCAUGAGUGAGAUGAUGAACAUGGGAGGAGGAGAGGAAGAGGCCUCUAAGCGACUCCGACGAUUCCUCUUUAUGAUGGACAGUAUGACGGAUGCCGAGCUCGAUGGUGCUGUACCGCUGUCUGAGUCGCGCCAGACGCGAGUGGCGCGUGGCUCAGGUUGUCAGUUGUAUGAGGUAGAGUUUCUGCUUAAGUGUCACAAGCAGUUUGCGACUGUUGUGAGUCGUAUGGGCAAGAGUGGCCUCAUGAAGACGGGCGACGCCGCACUCGGCAAGCAAAUGGCCCGCAACCCGAACGCGGUCAUGCAACAACUCUCGAAGGUCAUGGACCCUAAGAUGAUGGCGCAGAUGGGCGGUCCGCAGAACAUGAUGCGGAUGAUGAAGCAGAUGCAAGGAAUGGACCCCAGCGCACUAGGCGACAUGGCCAAGAUGGCUCAGAAUAUGGGUAUGAAGAUGCCUUUUUAG